ACGGGGACUUUGAGCAGCCUUCGAGCCCCUUCUGUGCCACCCCACAAUCCCCCCCCUCCCCAGCUCAGCUGAUGCCAGAGCCCCGCAGGGUGACUUUUUUCAUAUCCUGUGAUGGCAGGAGAAAACUAUGCAAUAGAUGUCCUCUUAAAAGCACUGCAAGAUCUUGCACCUGAGGAUUUUCUACAGUUUAAGAACAAAUUAUCAUACAUUUCUUACAAAGAAAGAUGGAAUAUCCCCAAGAAUAUGCUGGAAACAGGCAGCAAUGUUUACACACUUGUCAACUGCAUGAAAGAGCACUAUGGAGAAGAUGUUGCACUGGAGAUAGCAAUUGGUGUGUUUGAAGAGAUGAACCAGAGAGACCUAGCUAAUAAAAUCCAAGAUGAGAAAGUCAAAGAGUACAAACAGAAAUACAGAGCGCACGUGAUAAGAGAGUUCCUUCAGUAUAAAGAAGUAAAUGCUUGUCUUGGUGAGAAUCUGACUGUAAGUAGCCGCUACAUCAACCUGUCAAUCGUUAUAAAGCCUCAUACUGAAAGGGAAGGAGAACAGGAAGCCAUCCGUGUAAGCCAGAGACAUGCGGACACUGACAACAAACAAGCUAACGCUGCUGUUACUGUGGCUCAGCUGUUUCAACCUACAGAAGAAGGACAAGUGCCACGGACAACUGUGCUGGUGGGAGCUGCAGGAAUGGGAAAGACAAUGACAAUGAGGAAGAUUAUGGUAGAAUGGGCAGAAGGAGUCCUUUAUAGACAGUUUGACUAUGUUUUCUACCUCAAUUGUAAAGAAAUCAACCCUACUAAAGAAGUGAGUGCAGCAGACUUGAUUUCAAAAUGCUGUCCCCAUAGAAGUACACCAAUUGGAAAGAUUCUGGAUAGCCAAAAAAAGGUCCUGUUCCUUAUUGAUGGGCUGGACUACCUGAGAUUUUCUUUGCUUCAGCCAGUAGAUGACCUGAGCUCUGACCCCAGGGAAAAGAAGCCAUUAGAAACCAUUCUGAUUAGUUUAUUUAAGAAAAUUAUUCUCCCUGAAUCCUCCUUGCUUAUCACUACAAGGCCAAUAGCCCUUCAGAAUCUGGGGCAGUGCUUAGAGGGCGAGUGUUAUGCAGAAAUAUUGGGCUUCUCAGAAGCUGCAAGGAAGCAGUAUUUCCACAGGUUUUUUGACACUGAUAAUAAAGCAGAUACAGCCUUCAGGUUUGUCAAAGGAAACAAAAUACUCUUCACCAUGUGCCUUGUCCCCAUCAUGAGUUGGACUGUCUGCACUGUGCUGGAACAAGAACUUCACAAGAACAAAAAUCUUAUGGCAAGCUCUAAAACAACCACAAGAAUGUAUGUGUUUUACCUUUCCAGAUUACUGAAGUGCAGAGCAGGUGAUAGCAAACAGGACCUGCAGCAGUUCCUGCACAAACUUUGCUGCUUGGCUGCUGAUGGGAUGUGGAUGCACAAGGUGCUGUUUGAGGAAAAGGAAAUCAAGAAGCGUGGCUUAGAUCAGCCAGACCUUCUCUCCCUCUUCCUCAAUGAGAACAUUUUAAAGAAAGGCACAGACCAUGGGAAUGUCUACAGCUUCAUUCACCUGCACCUCCAGGAGUUCUUCGCAGCAAUGUUUUAUGUCCUAGAGGAUGAGAAGGAGACAGUAGACAACUCAGGGACUCAGGUGAAGCACAUAAAAAUGUUACUUGAAAACUAUAGCGAAUCUAGAAGGGAUUUAAUGUUAACAGUAAGUUUCUUGUUUGGUCUGGUAAAUGGAAAAUCCAUAGAAUACAUGGACCAAAGAAUAGGGUGUAGACUUUCACCAAAAUUUAAAGAAGCUAUGCUAAGAUCAAUUCAGACAAGGCCUAGAGGAAUUUCACCUCUAGGUGAAGGGACAACGAACGUUAAGGAUUUGGCUGUUUUCCACUGUUUGUUUGAGAUUUAUGAAGAAGACUUUGUGAAGCGUGCCUUGAAUUGUUUCACUGGGAUAGACUUGCAUGACAUCAGGCUGACACAAUAUGAUCAAAUGGCUCUUUCAUUCUGUAUCAAGCAGUGGAAUGGACUGGACUCGGUGGCCUUUAAAGGCUGUGCCUUCAAACAGCAAGGUUACAAGGAAGAGGUAGUCGCAGGCUGCGCACCAGGGUUAUAUUGGGAGCAACGGCCGGUGGAGGAGCAGCAGUCCCCUAUCUUCUUCCUCUGCCAGGCGCUGAGGAACACAAGCAGCAAAGUGAAGACGCUCCGGCUGCACUGGUGCGGCCUCGCAGAGGGCUGCUGUGAGGACCUCGCCAGGCUGCUGGCCACACAGCCCAGCCUGGACCAGCUGGAGCUGGGUGAUAACCAGCUGGGCGACAGCUGUGUGCGGCUGCUCUGUGAAGGGCUGCGGCAGCCCACCUGCCGGCUGCGGGCCCUGCGGCUGUGGUACUUCCAUCUCACCAGUGCCUGCUGUGAAGAUCUUGCUGCUGUGCUCAGCACCAGCCAGCACCUGAUGGAGUUGGAUUUGUCCUAUAAUGAUGAGCUGAGAGAUGCUGGUGUACAACUGCUGUGUGAAGGGCUCCAGCAUCCCACCUGCCAGCUGCAGAUGCUGCGAUUGGGGAGCUGUCGUCUCACAGGCACGUGCUGUGGGGACUUGGCUGCUCUGCUCCUCAUUAACCAGAGCCUGACCUGCCUGGAUCUGAGUGAUAAUGAGCUUGGAGAUGGUGGGGUGCAGCAACUCUGCCAGCUACUGAAGCACCCCGCCUGCCGGUUGCAGACAGUGGGAUUGAACACAUCUGGAUUCAAUGAAGAAACACAGCAGGAGCUGGCUGCACUCAAGAGAAUAAAGCCCAACCUGAAGAUAGGGUAUUUUUUUGAGCAAGAAAGUCUGCAUCCAAGGCCUAUGGUCCAGCUGACCUCUCACCAGGGAGUCCUGUUGGGUAGAGGUGGAGGAAGGGUCAGGAAGAUAUUUCCCUCUUUUAUGCAUGGGCCUUUUUACAACAGGAACAAUUACUAGCUUGCUAGUGGUAGAGAUCUGAUAAGUGUCCCUGAAGAAGGGGCACUGAAGAAGAUGGAAGAUGACCCUGGUCAUGUAUGAUGGGACCUGGAACGUGGUCCUGUGUGAAUCUGCUGGGGGGUUGAGGCAGAGCAACUCUGUGCAGGGGAUGAGGCCAUGGGUGAGGGGGCAGAUGAGUCUGGCAACUUUCUCUGAUCAGUCUGCUGAGGCAGUACAGAGUCCAGUGGGGAGAAAAGGGCUUUGGAUCUAGCUCGCAAGGUUUAUAUACUUAUGUAUUUCAUUCAUUCACUGAGAUUUUUGCAUUUCUGAUGGCUUCUGUCAUUGUUUCUGAUUCCACAGUUAGUACCAGGGACCUUUCUCUCUCCCUUUUGACCAUGCACUUACCUGUGAGUAUUUCUGUUAGUCUAGUAAUGCCAAAUAAAGGCCCUGGAUUCUGCCCCAGAAA